AUGCAGCAGCAGCAGCAGCAUUCAAUGCAGCAGCAAGUGCAGCAGCAAGUGCAGCAGCAAACGCAACAGCAACAGCGGCAGCAUACUCAGUAUAGCUCUGAUAAUUGUGAGGCGCAUCCAUACCCUCAACAGCAGCAGCAGCAGCAGCAGCAGCAGCAGGAGUUGUUGCUGCAUCUGCUGCUGCAGCAGCAGCUACAGCAGAGCACAGCGCAAGGAGAGGCAGCUCCCCCCCUGUCUCUGCUUCAGAUACAACAGGGCCUGCGGCAGACGCUGAGGAAACACCAACUCGCUACUGCAAGAGCUCUGCGGGACCUGGAGGAAGCAGAAGCAGCAAACGAAGCGGCGGUAGCUGCAGCAAUCCAAAAAAUAAAAAAAACAAAAAAAAGAGCAGCAGCAGCGGCUCAGCUGUCACUGCAGCUGCAGCAGAGCAUACAGCACACCACCAACCGCCUCCUUGAACAGGAAAAGGACCUCAAAGCCGCCAUCGAAGAACUCACGGCUUUUAAGGUGUUUUUGCUGCAGCUGGCGGUGGGCGCAGAGCUGCUUCGAGUGUCUGAGGAGGUUAAGAAAACAAAAGAAGCAGAGAAAGAAGCAGCAGAUAGAGUUGAGAGUCUGCGGCAGCAGCUGCUGCUGCUGCAGCGGGAGAAGCAAAGGGAGGCACUCUAUAAACGCAUGCAGCUGCUGCAGCAGCAAUACGAAGAGAUAGGACAAAGCCCUGCAGUCUUGCUGCUGCUCUUGCUCUAUAAACGCAUGCAGCUGCUGCAGCAGCAAUACGAAGAGAUAGGACAAAGGCAGGUUGAGCUGCAGCAGCUGCAGCACUGGUGGGAAGCAUACGGGGAGCGGCAGCUGCUGCACGAGCGGCGGCAGGCGGAGUUGUUGAAGCAGCAGAAAGCAUCCCGAAGGCGCUCAUCAGAAUCUGCUGCUGCUGCUGCUGCUGCUGCUGCUGCACCUGCGGGCUCGUUGCUGCGGUCUCUGUCUCCGUAUGUGCAGCAGCAGCAGCAGCAAUUGAACCAGCAGCAGCAGCAGCAGCAGCAGCAGCAGCAGGAAGAGCAACAGCCAGGAGCUGCUGAGGCACUCGAACAACUACAGCAGCAGCAGCAGCAACAGCAGCAGCAGGAACAGCAGCAAGACCUACACCAGCAGCAGCUAGCCGCACAGCAGCAGCAGCAGAUCCAGCAGCAAGAACAGCACCAACUGCAGCAGCAGCGGCGCCUACAGCAACAGCAACAUCUACGGCAGCAGCAGAAACAAACUGUCGAGCAGCAGCAGCAGCAGGAUCUACACAGCAGCAGCAGCAGCCGCAGCAGCAGCAGCCGCAGCACUUCUAGCAGCCCACGCAGCUGCAGCAGCAGCAGCAGCAAGAGCAGCAGCAGCAGCAGCAUCAGAGUCCUAGGCCCUUGGGCGUUUGUGUGGGCGUUAUUUGCAGCAGCAGACACCGCAGCAGCAGUAGCAGCAGCAACUGCAACAGCUACAACAACAGCAGCAGCAACAGCAGCAACAGCAGCAACAGCAGCAGCAACAGCAGCAGCAACAGCAGCAGCAGCAGCAGUCAGGGCUAGGCCGGGCAAGACACCUCACUGCUGCCUGCUCAGGCAGCAGCAGACACCGCAGCAGCAGCAGCAGCAGCAACAGCAACAGCUACAACAACAGCAGCAGCAACAGCAGCAACAGCAACAGCAGCAACAGCAGCAACAGCAGCAGCAGCAGCAGCAGCAACAGCAUCUACGGCAGCGACCCAUGCACACGAUCUUCUUUGCUGCGGCCCCUCAGCAGGGGUGCGCCCAGCAGCAGCAGCAGCAGCAGCAGCAGCAACAGCAGCAGCAGCAGCAGCAGCAGCCACACGGCCCGCUAGAGUCUUCGCCGCAGCAGCACCAGCUACUGCACCCGCAGCAGCACAUGCAGCAGCAGCAGCAGCAUAUGCAGCAGCAACAGCAGCAUAUGCAGCAGCAACAGCAGCACCACAUGCAGCAGCAGCAGCAGCAGCAACAUAUGCAGCAGCAGCAGCAGCAGCACAUGCAGCAGCAACCAGCCCUGGGGGGUCCUCGCCGCAGCAGCAGCGCAGCAACAGCGACUCCAAUGCUUCAGCAGCAGCAGCAGCAGCAGCAGCAGGACCGCCACAACCGAGCAUUGCCUCCCCAUGCUGCUGCUGCUGCUGCUGCUGAUCCAGCAGCAGCAGCAGCAGCAGCAGCAGCAGGGCCACUGAGCAGCAGCAGCAGCAGCAGCAGCAGGGCCACUGAGUAUGGAACACAGGGCCGCCAACAGCAGCAGCAGCAGCAGCAGCAGCAGGGUCGUGCUGCUGCAGUAUGGAACACAGGGCCGCCAACAGCAGCAGCAGCAGCAGCAGCAGGGUCACCUGCUGCUGCUGCUAAAACAGCAGCAGCAACAGCAGCAACAGGCCUUGCUGGGCCGCCCUAUCCAGAGCAGCAGAUGCAGCAGCAGCAACUGCAGCAGCAGCAACUGCAGCAGCACCAGAUUGAGCAGCAACAGCUGCAGCAGCAGCAACUGCAGCAGCACCAGAUGCAGCAGCAGCAGAUGCAACAGCAGCAAGCUAUGCUGCACUGGCAGCAACAGCAGCAGCAGCAGCAACAGCAGCAGCAGCAGCAGCGACGCAACAGUCAUUCCACUGGGUGGGCCAUGCAGCAGCAACAGCAGCAGCAGCAGCAGCGACGCAACAGUCAUUCCACUGGGUGGGCCAUACAGCAGCAGCAGCAGCAGCGACGCAACAGUCAUUCCACUGGGUGGGCCAUGCAGCAGCAGCAGCAGCCUUACGUUCAGCAGGCUGUAUGUGCGGAUGCACAGCAGCAAUUGCAGCAGCAGCUGCAGCCGCAGCAGCAGCAACUGCAGCAGCAACUGCAGCAGCAGCUGCAGCAACCAAUGCAGCAGCAGCACCACCAUCAAGAGCUGUUGUAUCCUGCAGCACCGCAUGCAGCAGCAGCAGCAGCAGCAACACCAGCAGCAGCAGCAGCAGCAGUUCCUGCUCCCCGUCACCAGCAGUUGCAGCAGCAGAUGGUUCGCUGUUGUAUCCUGCAGCACCGCAUGCAGCAGCAGCAGCAGCAGCAACACCAGCAGCAGCAGCAGCAGUUCCUGCUCCACGUCACCAGCAGUUGCAGCAGCAGAUGGUUGCUUGUUCUGCGCCUCGAAGCAGCAGCAGCAGCAGCAGCAGCAGUAGCAGCAGCAGCAGCAGCAGCAGCAGCAGCAGCAAUAGAAGAAAGCCGUUGA